UGUGUGUGGUUAUAGGGGAUCUAUGGGGUCUUAUAGGGGAUUUAUGGCGGUUCCUCCCCUCUCCCAUCUCGGUCCAAUGGUUGAUCCGGACCCACCGGAACCCGGAACUGCCGGUUCCCAUUUACAUCCGCUUCCCUUCCGGGUUGUUCCGUCCCCUUCCCCUUCUUUCCCCUGUUCUGGUUCCGAAGGUCUGGACGAGGAAGGCUGUUUUGUGCCUUCCAACCAUGAUCAUCUCACCUGCAGGAGAGCAGCAAAUGGCCACGGCCCAUCCAGCUGAGGUAGGAGCUGUGGGGAAGCAGGAGCCCGUGAGCUUCGCGGAGGUGGCCGUGUAUUUCAAUAGGGAGGAAUGGGAGCUGCUGGACCCCGAGCAGAGAGCUCUGUACCGGGAUGUGAUGCUGGACACCUACCAGUGCGUGGCCUCAUUGGCUCCAUUUCCAGCCCCCAAACCUGUGCUGAUCUCCAGGCUUGAAGGAGGGGGAGACCCCUGGAUCCCAGCUGGGGACCCCUGGAUCCCUGAUGGAUGUGGCCAUGGGGAUGGGCCAGGGGGGCUCAGCCCAGAAGGGCUGAGAGUCAUCAAGGUGGAGCUGCAGGAGGAUGACGCGCAAUGGGGUGGCAUUAUCUCAACGGGAGAGAUAAGAAGAGCUGAUGGCAUUGAUGGCAUCGAGCACCCAGAGCUAUUGGGUGGGCAUAGAGGAGAACCAAGGGGGGACCUGGUAGAGCCAAGGGGGGACCCUUUAGAAACCAAUGUGGGUCCGAAGGAGCCAAGGAACCGGAUUGAACCCAAUGUGGGUCCGAAGGAACCUCGGAACCAGAUUGAACCCAAUGUGGGUCUGAAGGAGCCAAGGAACCAGAUUGAACCCAAUGUGGGUCCAAAGGAACCUCGGAACGUGAUUGAACCCAAUGUGGGUCAGAACCAGAUUGAACCCAAUGUGGGUCCGAAGGAACCUCAAAACCAGAUUGAACCCAAUGUGGGUCCGAAGGAUCCCGAAGAGCAGAGGAAGAAGCCCAAGAAGCUGAAGCAGCAUCAAUGCACCGAGUGUGGGAAGGGCUUCGUCCGCUUCUCCAACCUCCUCAUCCACCAACGUUUGCACUCGGGGAAAUGCAGCUUGAAAUGCCCCGAAUGUGGGAAGAGCUACAAGUGGAGAUCGGAGCUGAACAAACACCAACGUGUCCACACCGGGGAGAGACCCUAUAAGUGUUCCCAAUGCGAUAAGACCUUCAUGAGCAGAACCGGGUUACGGUACCACCAGCGGAUCCAUAACUCGGAGCGGGAUUUUCAUUGCUCCCAAUGUGGGAAGAGCUUCCAGAGCAGCUCCAACCUGUUCCGCCAUCAACGGAUGCACACGGAGGACAGACCCUAUGGGUGUAACGAGUGCGAUAAGAGCUUCAAGAUCCGCUCCAACCUCAUCCGCCACCAACGCAUCCACACGGGGGAGAGACCCUAUAAGUGCUCCCAGUGUGGGAAGUGCUUUAAGAGCAGCUCGGAUCUGGUGGUCCAUCAACGCAUCCACACCGGGGAGAGGCCCUACAAGUGUUCCCAGUGUGGGAAGAGCUACAAGAGCAACGGGGACCUCAAGUAUCACCAGCGAAGCCAUACGGGAGAAGAGGCCCUAUAGGUGCCCGCAGUGUGGGAAGAGCUUCAAAACCGGCUCCCACCUCCACCGCCAUCAGCAGACCCACGCCGGGCAGUGCAAUGCCUUCCUCAUCUUCCUCACCCCGGUCACCCAGUGGAACGUCGUCCCGUAUACUGGGAGCUAAUGGGACUGGGGGCCUAUGGGAGUCAAUGGGAGUCAAUGGGGGUCAAUGGGAGUCAAUGGGAGUCAAUGGGAAUCAAUGGGAGUCAAUAGGAGACAAUU